AUGACUGUUACUAACGCAAGAAAGCCUAUCAGAGUCUGGGUUGAUGGCUGUUUCGAUAUGAUGCAUUACGGUCAUGCCAAUGCCUUGAGACAAGCAAAGGAGAUGGGUGACAUCUUAGUAGUUGGUGUUCACUCUGAUGCUGAUAUUGAACGCAAUAAAGGGCCUACCGUGUGCCGAGAGCAAGAGCGUUAUGCUGCUGUAGCCGCUUGCAAAUGGGUGGAUGAAGUUGUCCCCAAUGCACCAUACAAUACCACAGUAGAAAUUCUCAAGGAAUACAAUAUCGAUUUCUGUGUGCACGGCGAUGAUAUCACUACUAUGGCCGAUGGUACCGACUGUUAUCAAGCUGUGAAAGAUGCAGGUCUCUACAAGGAAUGUAAGCGCACACAAGGUGUUUCCACCACAGAGUUGGUUGGCCGCAUGUUGCUCAUGACCAAGAACCAUCAUAACCACCGUCGAUCUUCUCUGGCUGACGUUGAGGAGGAUCUAUCUGGAGUGAACCCAAAGGAUGUUGGCUCAUUCAGUGCACCAGCCAAGGUAUCUCAUUUUUUACCUACCUCAAAGCGCAUUGUUCAGUUUUCAAAGGGUAUUGAACCCAAGGCAUCGGAUCGCGUGGUGUAUGUGGAUGGUACGUUUGAUCUGUUCCAUGUGGGUCAUAUUGAAUUCUUGAAGCGUGCCAAGGAAUUGGGCGAUUUCUUGAUUGUGGGUGUGCAUGAUGAUCAAACUGUCAAUGCUAUUAAAGGCAUCAACUAUCCCUUGAUGAACUUACAUGAACGUGCACUCAGCGUAUUAGCUUGUCGCUAUGUGGAUGAAGUUAUCAUCGGAGCCCCCUAUAGUGUCACUGAGGAUGUAUUGAAUAAGGAAUACAAUGUUAACAUUGUAGUCCAUGGUAACACACCCACUGAGCCUGAUCUUGACGGUAGCGACCCUUAUGAAUUACCUAAAAAACGCAACAUCUACGUGGAAAUUGAAAAUCCCAACAACACCAUCACAACGCAAGGCAUUAUUGAACGCAUCAUUGAAAACAGAAACAUCUUUGAAGAGAGACAAAGAAGAAAGAACGCAAAGGCACUCUUGGAGAAAGAACAAGAAUUGCAAGAAAAGCAACAAAAGCUUGUGCAAUAA